CAGCAUCAUGACGUUGCAUAGUAAACAUGCUGCAUCAUCCGCUGGUGGGCGUGGCUGGUUGGAUCUAGUCUGGUGCGCAAUCAAGAGAAGGCAGUCAUGGCGUCGACAGCGAAGGAAAGAGAAGGAGAAAAAGGAGUAUUUCGAUUCCCCAGAGGAGCUGGAUAGGAAGGUCCAGCAACUGGCUGACUGGAUCAGGGAGAGCAAGCAUUUCUUCGUCUUCACUGGAGCAGGGAUCAGUACCUCGGCUGGCAUUCCAGACUUCCGCAGUGGAAUUGACACAGUUCUGGAGACUGGUCCGGGGGCCUGGGAGCUGAGGGCCAAAGGUCAGCAGAGGGACAGUCAGAAGCACAAGGUGACCUCCACGCUCAAAGCCAUCCCCACCACCACUCACAUGGCUCUGGUGAGGCUCCAGAAGGAGGGACUGCUGAAAUGUGUGGUGAGUCAGAACUGUGACGGACUGCAUCGCAGGAGUGGUCUGCCCAAGAAAGCUCUGUUUGAGCUCCAUGGCAACUCCAAUGUGGAGAAAUGCACCAAAUGUGGUCACGAAUAUCUCAGAGAUUUUCGUGUGAGAACUUCAAAGAAAGUUCACUCCCACUUUACAGGGCGACUGUGUGAUAAUCCAUCAUGUCGCGGGAAACUCAAAGACACAAUCAUCAACUUUGGAGAAGAUCUGCCAGAAGAUACGCUGGAGACUAGUUAUGGGCACGGGAGAAAGGCAGACCUGUGUUUAGUGAUGGGAUCAUCUCUGACUGUCACCCCUGCCUGCGAUAUCCCUGAGGUUACAGAUGGUAGGUGAGAGAGGACAGAAGUUUGGGUGAUAGUGAACCUGCAGUCGACACCCCAUGGACCACCUCUGUGCUCUCAGGAUCUUUGCCAAGAACUGACAGGUGAGUCAGGAGAAGAGAGAGAGAGAGAGUAAGAGGAGCUGCUGGUGUGGCAGGUGAGCAGUCUGCUGAUGAAGAAACUGGGUCUGGAGACCCCUCAGUUCCAGCUACGGAGAACUCUCAUCAUAUCAGCUACCUCCACCCCCUUCAGGCCAUGUGGAGGUGGGCGUGGCAGGAGCCGAUGAUCUGGGCUAUCCCUUCUCGAUUUGUGAAGGAGGUGACGGUGAGUGGGGAGGGGAGAAGAUCAAGUGUUGUGAGGAGCCGUUCAAAGCCACAGUGGGCAUGGCCAAGGAGGGAGUGGGUGUGGGCUAUUGAGGUAGUGUUCCAUGGUCACUACGGAGAGAGCCAGCGCCUGAGUCUGCCAGUCAGAGUGGACCAGUCUCUGGAGAUGGUCAGCAUCUCCCUUCAACCCUUUCCUCGCCCAGUGGACUGUGGCAACGCGGGGACGACAGUAUCCCACGAACGAGAUCUAUCAGCGAAAUAUGGACGCAGAGCAAAAAUUGAACAAUG